AUGCGCCAUUAAUGCAUACAAAUACCCUUUAAAGUAAAUUUACUUAACAAAUAUUUCAUCAGUGGAAAUCAUCUCUCCUAAUUGGGAGAAUUAUCAGGGUAUUAUUGUGUGAAGGACAUCCACUAAAGAAUGCUUCAGCAUCCAAUUGGUUAGAGAAUACUUAAUGAUAAGCCUAGAGUUACACCACAAACAUUUAAAAUAGAAGAAUUAUUGAAAUUAGAUGAAAAUACAUUUGGACAUCAAUAUGGAAAAUUUAUGAAGGACAGAGAUUUUUCUAGUGGGGAAAGACCAAUAGUAAAAUACAUUCCAGAUUUAGAAUUGGCAUAUGUCUAUCAAAGAUAUAAAGAAAUUCAUGAUUUUAUACAUGUCUUACUCAUGUAUGAUGUGAGUGUCUAUGAUGAAAUUGUUGUGAAAUGGUUUGAAAUGGCUUAACUUGGAUUGCCAUCAGCAACUUUAAGUGCAUUUGUAGGAUCAUUCAAAUUAAAUUGUUAAGAAAAACAAAAAUUAAUGGAGACUUUGCCAUAAAUUUUGAAAAGAGCUCACAAAAGCGAAUUCAUUAUGAAUGUUUAUUUUGAAGAACACAUAAACACAGAUAUUACAUAACUUAGAAAAUCCUUGAGAUUAUUAUGAUGAUGAUAACUUAAAAAUUCCAAUUUU